CCAUAGUUUCAAAGGUAUUUGCAGCGCUGGUUCCAAGUUCCAAACUUCCAACCAAAACUCCAAGUCGCAGGCUCGCCGCUAGCCAUCCAAGUUACCACCACCGCUGCAGUCCUAUUCCGACGAGUGGCAACCAAUACGUUUCUGAUUUGGGUUUGAGUAAUAAUCAACAAAACCUUCGCUUAAUUUCGGGUAGGUUGUUUUUGGAUUCUUCAGCGAUUUCCAUUUGCCAGAGAGGUAAUAGGUUUCCAAAUAAUAGCUAAUUAUUUAUAAAUUAUUACUGUAAAAUUUUACUCCUAAUUAUUUAAGAACACAUUUAGUUUUUACUCAAUUACAAAUUUUCUAUUACCUAGCUCAGUGUGUUACAUUUUUCAAAUUCUAUCCUUUCUAUUUAUACCUGCGGUAAGGGGAGAUGGAGUUGACACUAUCUUUGGCUUUGCUUCUAGUUAUAGUAGUGUGAAGUUUUUCAAUCCUAAUAUGCAUUAUGUUUAAGCUUUGAAAAUGAUAUUUCAUUUUUAUAAUUACCAGAACAGGUGCUUCUACACGAAUUGGGAUUAUCAUUGUUGAGAAAUGAUGUGGACGAAAAAGUUCAUGAGUUUUACCGCAUUAUCAAGAACCCUCUUUUACCAAUACCCAAUCCUUUCUCCAGUGUUAUCUAGAAUCCCAUUUAAUUUCUACUCUCAAAUUUCAAUUUCAUCAUCAUCAUCACCUUCUCCAACCCAUAUUAAAGAAGCCUCUCCUUCUAGAUUAUUUCUGUGCCAAAGGCUUCAUUUUCCAGGAGGAAAUAUAUGUUCACAGAGUGCAAAAUAUUUUUGUACUGUAUCUGCCAAGAAGCUGAAGUGUUGGAACUGUAAUUCUGAGGCUUCAAAAACCCACCCGUUUCUUGUUUGUGAAAUUUGUGCUAGCAUUCAACAUGUUGAUGAAACCAUUGAUUAUUUUCAAGUUUUUGGAUUGGAGAAAAAAUAUGAUAUAGAAUGCAAGAAUCUUGAGCACAAGUACAAAGACUGGCAGAGGAAGCUCCAUCCCGACUUGGUUCAUACAAAAUCUGAGAAAGAAAAGGAGUUUGCUGCUGAACAGUCUGCGCGUGUAAUUGAUGCGUAUCGCACACUAUCAAACUCAUUGUCAAGAGCAAAAUAUCUUGUGAAGCUGGAAGGUUGGUUUGUAGAUGAAGAAGAGCGUAUUUUGGAUCCAGAGUUACUUGCGGAGGUAGUUUUUUUACUAGACAUGGUUUUUUUAAUCAAUUUUUUGACCUCUUUGAACUGCAGAUUAUGGAGAUUAGGGAAACUAUUGAAGAAUCAGCUGACCCACAAGCGUUGAAACAUAUUAAGGAACAGGUACAAGAAAAGUACGAAGAGCGGGCAAGAGCUUUUGCUCUUGCUUUUGAGAAUAGAAAUGCAGAAGAAGCUCUUUCGUCUAUCCAGAAAAUGGCGUACUACAAGCGGGCAAUUGAAGAAAUUGUAAAAAAGCAAUGACAAUUGCCAAGAAAUGAUUUUCCAAAACAAUGAACCGAAUGACCUUUGAGUGUGUAGAUUGAAUGAAAAUGAGAAUCGAAU